AUAAUUUACCAUUUUUUUAAUUAGCUUUUUUAUAUUAAAAAGAAAAAGAAAUAAUCUGGACAUAUGUAUGUGUUUGUUAUACUAGUAUUAGGCAUCUUAAACUGUAAUGCCUUUGAUAUAUCUCGUUCAAAAAAAGAUGGCAAGUUUUUAAAUAUUUUUGUUAACCCUAUGUCAAAUUGUUGGUACAAAGGAUGUUGGAAACUUAAUGGAUCAUGCAGGGGUGCAAUGGAUUGCUGUUUUUGUAAAUGUUCAGAUGGAAAGGUAUUUUACUCAAAUAAACUUGGGUGUUUGUUGGUAAAGAAUGUUAAAUUAGAACUCCAGAAAAUUGGUAAAGAUUGUGGUUUUUUUGAUACAAGUAUUGCUAUCAAAUAUGUUCCAAUUUAUGCACUUGAUACAGAUUUACAUAGCAUAGAGAUUGCUCAUAAUGGUGGAUUAAAUCUUGAUCGUUGUUCUGCAGGUGUUAUAAAUUUGUACGACUAUCAUGAGCAUACAAAAGUUUAUAAAAGAAAUGAAUGUCAAAAUCUUUUCUCUACUCGAUAUGAAAAUAAAAAGCUUUAUUUAAAUUGGCAUUCAAACAGUUCAGAUUGGAAUGGCAUGAAAGGUCAACUUAUGUCUGUACAAAUAAACUGUGAUUAUCAAUCAAAUAGUUCUUGUUUUCUUUUUCAAGUGCAAGGAAGUUAUAGUGAUGGCAAUGAGAUAGUAGAACCUACAGAAGUACUAAAUUGCACAGAGGUUUUACCAAUUAAAACAACCUCUGAAACAAAUAUACAUUCAUUGUCGGCAGCAAACACAAGCUCAUCAACAUCUCAUGAAACAUCUAAAAUUACAAACUCUUCAACAUCUAUAAUAGUUGGAUCUGCAGUGUGUGUUGUGUUACUGUUGAUUCUUAUCGGUUUAUUUGUUGUUUGUUGGCGAAAAAGAAAGUCAAUGAAAAAUAUGACAAUUGAAUCACGCUCCAGAUUAAUAAGUCAACAACCUGGUGUACGAUAUGAAGAAGAUCCAACAAUUUCUAAAAAAAAGAAAAAGAAACGUACCACUAUUCCAUCCAUGUCAAUUAAAGUUAUAACCAAAAAUGAAUGUGAUUACGAAUGUAUUGAAACAGAAAACAAUUGUUCUUUGAAGCAAUAUAACACUCUCGAGAAAAAUAAGAUUUUCUAUCAUCAAGAAGAUUCAAAAUCUAUUACUGGUACUCUUUCUAAGCGCCCAUUGCCUGACAGACCCCUUGAGGCAAGCAACCCUUAUUAUGCACCAAGUGUGUCCAACAUAGAAGCUGUGUAUCUUUCCUCAACGGAACCAAUUAUUAAAAGGCCAACAAGUUGUACUUCGCAGUUAACAAGGAACGAUCUCAAUUCAACAUACGCUUCUGCAGACACCUUAAAUGAAUACGAUAUAGUACCAACUAGCACUCCCUAUAAAACUGAUUCAUAUUCUUUAAAUGUAUGCAAAGAAGGACCUAUUUAUGAAAACACUUUGUCUUCCACAACAGAAUGUGAAAAGGAACCAGUUUAUGACGCCCCUAAACGAUUUGUAAAUAACGAGUGUGACCCGUUGUGUAGCCCCUUGUACAGCUCAAUAUCAGAUAUUAAAAAUGCAAAUGAAUCUUUUUACAAAGACGAUGUCAAGAUUUGAAUUUUCUAAAGUUUUAACUGGCCUGCAAAGUUUAGUCGCGAAAAAAUAGAAGACGAGAUGAUCUUCUGUAGUUAUUUAAAAAAGAAAGUAUGGAAAAACAAGAACAUAAAAAUUAAAAUUACCAUUUUAAUUUUGCACCUGUAUUCGAUAAACAUUGUAACGCGGUCUGAAAGUAAAAGUAUACUUGGUUAUGAGCUGCUUUUUAUUUAAUCAUAUAAAAAGAAAUGUUAUUUAAGAGUUCUCGUAAAACACUGAUAUAAAAUUUAUAGAUAAAGAUAAUAAAGGGCAUUUUUAUCUUUAAAAAAAUUUCAUUUAUAUUAUAAAUAUAUAAACAUGCGUUUGUAUUUCAUAAAGAAUCGUUGUGCAUUAUAUAACAUGUCAUGUUAUGUAAUAUUCUUAUAUGUUAUUUUUAUAUAAUACUGUUGAAAUGUA